CAGCCCAGAGAACCACCAACCCACCGCAUCUUCUCCCUUUUCAUUUCCGCUCCUCCUCGGCCGGCGCGAGGCAGUCAUGGACGGCGGCAGCGGCGAAGGCAGCAUCCUGUCGUACGAGAAGUUGGGCGGCUACGCGUUCUGGGUGGCCGCCGGCGUGGCGUCGGCCUUCUUCGCGUCCCUGGAGCGGUGCUCCUGCAUCCACCUCCACACCGCGGAGGACGACGGCGACGAGGACCCCGAGGAGGCCAAGGACCGCCCGCUCAUGCUCUCCCGCCCGCAGGCCCUCCCCGAGUACUACUACGACCGGUCCGGCUCCUCCGCAUCCUUCGCCAAGAUGUGAGACCGCCCCAGAUCACGAGGCUGUUCUUCUGAUCCGGAUCCGAUCCGUUUCUUGAUUAGUUCUUGUGCCUUGUUGCUGUGAAUUGUGACCCGGUUGUGUGGAGAUGCGAUCACAUUGUGUUCUUGCCAAGAAACGAGGCCCUGCGUGAUGCGUGAUUCGAACAGGUUGAUGGAUUUGUAAUUCCGUAUCGUGUCUCGUGC